AAAGGUGUUUAUGAAGGAGAGCUUAGAGAUAACCUUUCCAGAACCCAAGUUAUCAUCACUGAGAUGUUAAUCAUAUAUCCCAUUUUAAAUGCAAGAAUUGAAUUGUUGAAUUUAAAAGUUAGGUGCUUUCUGCUUAAGAUAUUUAAUUUAUUAUUUGCAGCUUGAUUAUUCAAAGCAACUACGUUUUGAAAUUGCAUCGCUUCUGCUUGAGCAAUAUUUUGAAUUUUCCUUAACUUCAUAGCAUACACUUUGUUAAAUGAAGUAUACCUGUUCUUAUAACUGAGAACCAGCGCAAUUUCGAAAUACUCUUUUCUGCUAUGAUAGGAUUUACAGUUAUCUUAAAUUAUACUUUAAUUUAAUUUAGAAUUAGGGAAAAAUUUCAGUUCCUUUACAUUGUUUAAUAGGAAAUUGAUUUGCAAUAAAAUAUCUCAUAAUUUGGUUAUCCAGAGGAAGUCAGAAAUCUUCUUGUGUAAAUAAGUAUCAUAUUUAUACCUGUGACAUUAUUUUGAAUAUAAAUAUGUUUACCGAUAAUGAAUCGCUGGAGGACAUGAAAAAAGAAGCUUUCGAAAUCUGCCGAAGCUUUUUGCUAGGGCCAUGGAAGACAUUAAAGAUAGAAAACUUUAGGUUUUCUGCAAUCAGAGGUGGGCUAUCGAACACCCUUUAUCAUUGUGCUCUGCCGGAGAACUGUGUUGUGAAAGACUCUCGAGUUCCCAAGGAAGCCUUACUCAGGAUCUAUGGUCCAUUGCAGGAAGAUAGCAAUGUUGUUAUAAGGGAAGCAGUCACUUACAUGCUUCUAUCAGAGAGAAAUUUAGGGCCUAAAUUAUACGGCGUUUUCCCUAAGGGACGUUUGGAAGAGUUCAUACCGUCUCGUAAUAUAAACCGUGAUGACAUCAGGAAUAUGGCAACUACUAUAGCAAGAGAAAUGGCAAAAAUUCAUGCUCUAGAUGUUCCAGUCGUGAAAACUCCGGAGAUAUGGCAAUACGUAAAUAAAUGGCUUGACGACAUUGAAGAAGAAUUCCUGAAAAGAAACCAAUCAUUUUCACAAAGACAGUGGUACGAAGAAGAAUUUGAAUGGCUAACAAAAGAAAUGGAAAAAACAAAUUCACCUCUCGUUUACUGUCAUAAUGACCUCCAUGGAGGAAAUAUUUUACUUCGAGAAAAUUCAUCAAAACUUAACGAACCUGACAUCAAUUUAAUCGAUUUCGAAUUCGGUGGAUACAAUUACAGGGGCUUUGACAUCGGAAAUCACUUUUGUGAAUGGUGUUUCAAUUAUAUCACAGAAAAAUUUCCCUUCUUUGAAGGAGAUUUCAACAAAUUUCCCUCUGAGGAAGAACAGGUGACGUAUUUUAAGGUCUAUUUAGAUCAACUGCAGAAAGAAGGCCGUCUCACAAAUGUGUCUCUAGAAGAUGAGAUAAAAUCUCUUCUACGUGAAAUCCCGGUUUUUAGUAUGGCUGCUAACUACAUAUGGUCUAUUUGGAGUAUAAAAAUGAGCUUCUUAGGUUUGGAGUUCCCACAUAAAGAACAUAACAAAGUAAGAAUUAAAGCUUACCAUGCUAUAAAGGAAAAGUACCUGAAAUCAUCUCUUGCUAAUAGUGAAAUGAAUGAAUGCAACAAUUAGUAAACAUAAAUACAUGUAUCGCAUGUUAGAAGAAAAUUUCUAAUAAAAAUAUAUUCCCAUAA